CACUGUCAUACUUUGAGUUAUUAUAUUUUCAUAGAGUUUAUAUUUUUCUUCAUGCUCUGCAACAAGUGAAAUUUAUUAUUAGUUUUUUUUUUUUAUUUUACUAACUUGGAUUUAAUUAUUAUAUAGUUAUAUAUUUUUUUUAAUAAAAUAAAAAUGAUUAGUUUGUGUUGUGUUAGUUUAACAAUUGCUGCGAGAAUAAUUGCGGCGUUAGGAUUGUCUAUUUCAAUUCUUAUGAUAAAUGUGGUAAUGAGCGCAUUUUUUGUAAAAGUUCAACCUGAUGACUUUUACUCGACUAUUAAAACUUGGACUAUAUUAGGACUAAACUGGGCGCAGUAUAUUAAAAAGUUUAAUUUAUCUAACGAAGCUCAAGCUGUUUUCUUAUGUUUCCUGAGUUAUGCAUUUUUAUUAUUGAUAUCUUCCACAUUACUCGCCUUCGCAACAAUAGUAAGAAAACCAAGCUGUGCAUUACCAUGGAUGUAUUUACAAAUUAUCAGUAUAGCCGAUCAAAUAACCGCUUUAGUAAUUUAUUUAACGGCUAAUUCGAAUUUUAAUAAUAGCCAGUCGUCACCUCUGUACUGGCAUUCUUCACUGUCCAGUAUUUUUCUCUUUAUUUCUGUCUACUUUUGGAUGGUAGUGUUCUCAGCCCGUGAAAGUUGGCUGGAAAAUCACAUCCGUAGGACGAUAAAUUUUGACAAUUUUUAUCCGACAAUAGAAGACAAUUUACCACGUGAUUCAAACGUUCCUAAAACGCCGUCAUAUCUCGCACAAAGCGGGAUUUUUUCGCAGUCGUCUGAUAAUUUUUACUCAAAGUCCAACGCAGUUUAAUUACCCAAAAUAUAUAACAUAUAAUUAGUCUGACGUUAAUUACCUCAGAUUAAUUCUAUAGUAAGGCUCGUGAGUUAAAAUUAAAUCCGUGUAAAUUAUAUUAUCAAAUAGCUCUCUUAUAAUAAGGUGAAGAAUACCAUAAAAAUAAAAUAUGCCUGUCAAACAACUAGUUCUUUAUCUAUAGUGAUUAGUGAUAACUUCUUUCAUUUUAAUUUAGUUAAAAUUUUAGAAAAUGUUAUUAAAUUCUUUGACAAAUAAUUAAGUUGUAAAUUUAUAAAAAGAUAAUUGUAAAUAUUUUUGUAAUAUAAUUGCCUAUAAGUAUGUAUAAAAAAAUGUAAAUGAUUAAAUUUAUAAUAUAAUAUAAAUGAUUAUGACAGACGAUAAACUCAAGUUCAGUGGCGCUUGAGUUUUUUUACAAUUGAAUGUAUAAAAAUAUUGUUAGUCACGAUAAAUCAAGGCGGACAUACAACUAAUAGCGUGUAUCAAAUGUGCGUGAUCGUUGAAGCAUGAUAGCAUAGAAAAUAUGAGAAAUGUCUGCGUUUUACGUCAAAAUACUUUUAAAUUUUUCAAUCCGGUUAUACAACGCAGUACUGGCGAAAUAUUUUAAAUGUUUACCGAGUUAAAAUGUAAAUAUCUUAUAAUCAUUUAAUUUAAAUAAUAAAUAUGACUUGUGAUGCUGACAAAUUUACAAUAAUACAAAAAAAGAGUUUUUUAAAUACAUUAUUUGCCAUUCGACAACAUUAAUAAUAGUCAUUCGUCAUUAUUAAUUAUUAUUGGCGUGCAAACAACUGAUUUUAAUGCAAGAUCAUAUCCUAGCACAUGCCCCGGCUAAUCUUAUCAAUUGUGUCAUUUUAGUGUAAAUUUUAAAUAAAAUUAUAUUGUUAAACAAUUCGAGCUUGCACUGUAAAAAAUGUCUGAUAUUAUCUUGUGAAGUGUGAAUGAUUUAAUGCGUGGAAAUUUAAUAAAUAAAUCAAAGCUUGGUGCUAGAAGAGAUUAUUUCAUUGCUUGUCUUAUAAAGAAAUUCGACUAAAUUAUUGGCAGCUAUUCAGCCAAAGAUUUUUUACCGUAUUGUGUCAUAUAUGACAAUUCAUUUUUGAUUCAUCGCUGUAGAUAAUUUGGUUGAGUUUAAAAAUACUUGCUCCAAUUACUUUUUUCAACAUGAU